AUGUCCUCUAUCUGGAAGAACUACUUCGGCCAAGAUGAGGUCGCCUCCUCAGGUGCCACCCCACCGAACGACAAGACCCCCAUUCAGGCCUUGCCUGCCAACUGGUAUACCUCUCCCGAGAUGUGGGAAUUGGAGCGACGUGCGAUCUUUUCCCGCAAGUGGAUGUUAAUCACCCACAAGCUGCGCCUCCCUAGCACCGGUGAUUACUUAGUCUAUUCCAUUGCCGGCUACCCCUUCAUCCUAGUCCGCGACAAGGAUGGCAACUUCAACGCUUUCCACAACGUCUGCCGACACCGUGCCUUCCCCGUGGCGACUGAGGAGAAGGGUAAGGCCAGAAUCUUCGCAUGCAAGUACCACGGCUGGUCAUAUGGCCUGAAUGGUAAACUUGCCAAGGCUCCUGGCUACCAGGACCUCGAGGGGUUCGACAAGAACAAGAAUGGUCUUUUUCAGAUCCAUGUUCACGUCGAUAACAACGGAUUCAUAUGGGUCAACUUAGACGCCAAGGAACAGCCCGAGAUCGCAUGGGAAGAUGACUUGAGCAAGGUUGAUUUGCAGGAGCGUUUUAAUGGCAUCAACUGGGACGAGUACAACUUCGACCACACCUGGGAGAUGGAGGGCGACUUCAACUGGAAGAUCCUUGCCGACCACUAUAAUGAAUGCUACCACCCAGAUACUUCCGACAACGGCGCUACCACGGAUAGUAGCAUUGUUGACUACACUAACUCCACCCCGGAGCAGAUUGCCCGUGGUUUGAGGAUUACCAGCACUUACUACUUCCCUAACGCUUCUAUGACUAUUUUCCCCCACUUCUUCUUCUUGCAGAGAAUUGUGCCGACCUCCGCCACCAAAUGUAUGACGCGGUAUGAGGUUUAUCGCAACAAGGACUCCAGCGACGAAGACUUCGAGUUAAUUAGCCAAACGUACAAGCGGAUCAUGUCCGAGGACAAGGACCUCUGCACAGACGCCCAGAAGAACCUGAGUAACCACAUAGAGAAGGGAUCCCUCGACUUCCAGACGGUUGUGCGAGAGCUUGUUCUAGAGCACUACAAGAAAGAGCAGGAAGCAGGUCGUGAGAUCUGGCCAACUCGCCAAACACUCCCGACCAGCGCCACCACCAGCGAGGAGGACAUGACCUUCUGUAACAAGCUGGAUGCUCAAGCCAAGGGGUCUGAUUGCUCAACAACGGCCGGCGGGUGCUGUGGUGGCACGGGCUGCCAACCUAAUGAAACACUUGUCUUUUAG